GUUGAAUGUUAGGAAGCGAAUGUUUCAUCGCUCGUUUCAACCCGGUUCUCGUAGCGUUCGUUCCGCACGACCAUCUCCAUAACGUUUUCCGUCUUCGUUACGGUAGCAUGAACUGCCAAGGGACAGCUGACAGUCGAAAGUCUUCCUCUUUCGAGCUCAACGAACCUGAAACGCGCUGUACAGAUCGUACACGCGCCUGUCAAACUCUGGAGCGCGCGCACGUUGAAUCGUCAGUCUCCACCGUGCUUUUUCGCGAAAUUAUCCCUCGCGAUAAUUAAUAAUAAAUAAAGAUUUUUUCUUUUUUUUUUCUAUAUCUCUCUCUUUCUUCAAACAUCGUGAAGUGAUAUGACCGCACGAUUGUUUACCGCACUCUCUAAUUCGCGCCGCAACACCGCCAUAGAUUUAUAACCCCUAUUGUUGCGUGUCGCCAUUGCGUCGUUGACAUGAUUAGAGCGAAAUAUCACGAUCGUGGAAGAAUCGCUGCUGUCAACAUGUCCUCAAGAAACGUGUCUUCCAAGCGACACGCAAAAUCCGUAGUCGACAGAAAAAGAUUCACGUCCGCAGGAACGUCGCCGCAAAAGACACGGUCCUCGAAGGACGGAGACGUUGUAAUAAAAAGUUGCGCGACCAAGUCGCGAGAUCCUCGCAAGCGGCAGCUUCUUACGCGAAAGGAAAAUAAAAUGGUGCACGACGACGUGAAACACAAGGUUCGCUUGUUUGACGAAACCAACGUCGCCAGCGCGGACAACAAUGAUGAGAUUUACAUUUUACGAAAGGAAAUACACGACUGGAGAAUGUCCGGGCAUUUAACAGGCGAAUUUGAACCCGAUUGCCAUCUUAUCGAAGACGAAACGGAGACGAAUUUUGUCCAAGGGAAUUAUGACCAAGUCGUUGCAAGUGAUCCAGUAGAUCCAGGUGUUCUCCACAAGUUACCAAGUUCCACCAUCGUUGAUCAGUUAACGCGGCGCACGGAAAAUUCGAGUUCUCCGGAAACGACGUGCAACGACGAAGUCUGUCCUAUAUCGUCAUCCUUAGGGGAAAUGACUUCCGUUCGCACGUGUUAUUGCAAACAGGCGGAGAAUGUAGCGCGCAAAAAAGAUAAUGACAUCAGAAUACACAGUGGCAAUCGACAUCCCACAACUGUCAGACCUAAAAAAUUGAUAAUCUCGAGUAGAACUUCCAGAAAUGAUGGGGAAUCUUCGAAAAAAGAAAAAUAUGUUAUCGACGAGAAAAUGCCUAGCACAAGUCGAUCGGUAGAAGUGCAAACUUCUGAUCCCAUCUUAAGUCCCGAAACAUCGGCAACUUUCGAAAAUGUUGAAAAGAUUAUUGACAAUGCAAAGACACAACUCAUGGAGAUCUGCGCAAGACCGAGCUUCGAUUCCGCACGACAGAAUAAAAAUAUAUAUUUCGACGAUCUGCCCUUGGACAAUGAGGAGGAAGAGCUGCAAUACGUUCGCGAGUUGGUGGCCUCCAAGAUGCAGGAGGCAACCUCCUCAAGAUUAUCGGAAGCGAAUGGCAAGGCGAGCGCCCGUUCGGAGGAACGUGAUCGUCCUCCCACCGUUCGCAGGGUUAAUUUGUCGGCGCCAAAAUUUCAGAUGCCGCGACGACGGUACACCGAUUGGUUGUCCCUGGGAUACAGAAGCGAUCGGUCCCGUGAACGUGCGUUGCUUGCCCAAGUGCCGUCGAAGGGCUCGAUCGAGGUCGCGACCGAGAGGAUCGAGGCGACGGCACGCGACGUCGAUCGUGCUCGAGAUCAUCGACGAACGUCAUCGACGAAUCGAGAGAACGAGUGCGAGGUCCAGGUAGGACCGUCGGUUCACAUCGACGACCGGAAACUGAUCAGACAGGAUCUGGAGGAGGUGCACAUCUCGCCGGAAUCGUCCCGGGCGCAAAAUCGCACGAAUACAGCCACUUACACUUUGCGCCAUGACGUCGCUCAAAUCGUGGAUAACGAGGUGAAUGACCCGAAAAUAUCAAAGACGCCUAAGAAGAUUAUACGCAUGAGGUUGGAUACAUUACAAGAAGGAAAGCCGAUUGAAACUGCAAUUGAAACGGAAACGAUAGAUCCUUUGGACAAGUCAGAAAAGGACCUUGAAGAAGUUAGGAAUUUUGAGCGAGGGGAUGAGCGAAUCGAGUCUCCAAAGCAAGAGAAAAGGGAUCGAGAACCUGAUCGACAGGAUGUUGAAGAUAGGAGAGCAUCCGAGCAUCGGGAAAAUGCGAGUCAAGGCGCGGCUAAGUCCGCCGAGGCUGAUGAGAAUGAAGAAUUGAAGAACAACUCGAGAAACCACGAAGAAAUUACCUCCGGUGAUACGAAGAUCGCGAAGGAAGACGAAAUUUUCCGUGAGGGAAGCGUCGAUCGUCUGCGAAACGUGGAAAACGCUGUGGGCAAAAUCCAAGAGGAAAAGCAAGGCGAUCGAUCAAAGCCACUGCCCGCCGGUGACACUUCGAGGAAAGCAAAUUUUCCUCGAUGUGGAAAUAUCGCCGCGCGCUAUCGAGAAGCGGAAAGCCCGAGACCUUAUCGGACGAUUGAUGGACACUUUUCGCACACGUUCAACAGUCAUAACGGACAAGAUAGCCUUCACGAUGUCGCCGACGAGGAUGUGCGUCGUCGACUUUUCGUAGCCUCGGACUGCUCGGACGUUCUUCCGAUGGAGAACAAGUUGGACGAGAUCGAUUUGUAUCGGCCGCGUCUCGACGAGCUGGAUUCGAUUCUGCAAUUUAACGACAGGAAGAUAGAGCGCAUCGUUCGCACGACGAAGAAUCUCGCGGAAUUAUUAUCGAGCUCUGAAUUCGCGAUAUACAAGGAUGAAGAAGAGCGAGUACCACGAGACGAGAGUCGCAAAGUACCUCAGGACUGUCAGACUUCAGCCGAUAAGGACCUCAAGUACUCAUCGUACGCACCGACUCGAUCGUCGAUUUUGGAGAUUGACUUGAGGAACGAGGACUUGACGGUCUCGCGUGCGUCAGAGACGCCUCGAACCGGAGAGAAUCUGCAGGACGCGAACAUGGACGUGAAAUCGUCGAAGGGAGAUGAUUCUCGCGGCAAUUAUUCGAGGAACUCCGUUGAAUCUAGCUUGUUACUCGCGUUGGAUUCGAGUGAUGAUUUCAAGACAUCUCGCGACAAUGACAGGGCUCGAGGAUCAACGGCCGAGGCGCGUUUGUCGGAAUCGUCGAUGGACAAAUCGGACAUCACAUUUUCCAACUUGGUUCCCGCGUUAUCGAGCACGCACACGGAAUCGCAGACGUGUCGUCAUCGGCAGCAGGAAACCGCUCGGAGCGAUCAUCACGCGGACACGAGGUCACAUGACGUCACAUCCGCAAAUAAAGUUCCAUUUAAACGCGAGCUUCAACGUUCCGGGAAAGAACAUCCCGACGACGGAAUCUUCGCGCGAUUUACCCGAAAGGACACGUCUGAGACCGCGGAUCGAUUCGUCACCUAUAUCCUGCAGGAUGAGAAACAAAGCAUCGAAGGGAAGCUCAGGAACGCCUUGAAGGAAUCGGCGAUCAAGCCUGCGGUGGUGCGGAAACUUCUGGAUCAUCUGCUGGAGACCGAAUCGAUCCGCGACGCGCGUCAAACGGAAACCUUGGAUAUCCUGAGGGAUAUUCUGAUCAACGUUAAAAAUCAAUCUGACAGGGGAAACACGAAUGACAAGGAGACUCGAGAUAUUCCUGAUAUCUCUGCUCGAGCGAACGCUCCGUCGAACGCGAUCGACGGAUCGACGUUGCGAGAGGAAGCUGCGCGAGAAAAAAUUGACGCGAGCGAAAUCGGGCAGGUUGCCAAAAAUUCCCAGGAGGGAGUCAAGGAUACCGAGAAAUACUCGUGCGAUUUUUCCGAGUGUCGCGAAACGAAGGAGAGCGCUCGCUCUACGGCUCGCUGCGAGUCUAUUCGUUCUUCUAAAAAUAAUAGCGAAAGAGACAGAGACGAGACGGAAGAAGGAGCGGAUGUUGCGAGGGUGGUUCCGAUCGAUGCUGAAAAUCAAACGAAAAUCAUGAACGUUAAUGAGAACGGUCGGAAGGAGGAGGAAGCGUUUCUAGGGAACAUCGCCGAUUCCUUGAUGCAGAUAAACGCGCUAUCAAACGCGAUUGAGGAAUCGAUUUUGCGAACUCAGGCGAAAAUUAAUACGAGCGACCUCGGGCAGAUCGCUGACAAACCUAACGAUAUUCGAGAUCCCGAGAAAUAUUUUCCCGAUUCUUCCGCCCUUCGAGAAACGAGGGAGAUCGUUCGUUCCGGAGUUCAUUUCGAGUCCGCUCGAGGUUCUAAGAACAAUAGCAAAAACAACAGCAAGGGAAACUCGUGCUCGGAGGCCGAGUCAUUAAAGCAGAUCUCCGAUAUCCACAGCGACGCUAAUCAAAAUCCCAAAGAAACUUCUGAACAUUUAUCUGCGCAGAUCGUAUCUGCAAGAUCGAAAGAGGGACAUAAAAUGGUAGCUGUAGAUUCGAACGCUGGGAAUGCAAUACUUGAGAAUAAAGAAGAUGAAACAAAUGGUGAGAGGAUUGGAGAAGAUGAAUUAGAUAAUAAAGAUCAGCACGCAAACAAGACCGUCACGCAAGCUGACGAGGCGAUCAACGGGCGCUCAGAUAUCCCGAAAGAAAUUAUAAAAGAAAUUACAAGCGGGGAAACACAUGACAACGUCACGUCGGCGGACAAAAGGGCUUUAUUUUUUUCAGAAGCUUCGGAGAUAAAAGACGAGCGAGUUCAUCCGGAUGCGAGUUCUGCCGAACCGAAAUUUGUCGAUGAAGCUCCAGCAAAGACAGACGUUGUUAAUUUCGUAUACUCGCCGGCAAAGAAAGACGGCGAAUCUUCACAUGGAAUAAAAACUGAUCCGCAACAUGUUAUAAUUGAGGAAAAAAUUGGUAUUACGAAUUCUUUACAGGAAAUCGAAACGCGUAACGAGCAAAUCUCCUUUAAGGAGAUCGCCGGAAAGGAUGAUUCAACGGGAGAUACGAGGAACGAAGAAAUUCGCGGUACAUUUGCGACGAUCGAAAACCGCAGAGACGGAAAUGACGGACUUGGAAAAACUGCGAUAAACGGCAAUGAGAGACAAUCGAUCGAUUUGACAGACAGACCGCGAAAGUACAGGACAGACGUCUUGUCUAGUUCUAAUUCCAGCGUCAGCAGUACGGUGCUGGAUCACGAUGACAGGUCGAUCAAUGACGUGUCGAGCGGAAACGCGAGGAGAAUCGAGACUACCCUCGAGACAUCUCACUCCGAGGGUGAGCUAUAUAUGCCGAGCUCGUGUUCGUAUUCCCUCGGUGAGGUGCGGGUUCUGAGAAGGAAACGCGACCUAAUCGAGAACUCUGCGAUAGAUCGCUGCGACAGCAGCGUGACGGUUUUUGUUACCAAGAGUAUGCUAACGUCUCUAAACGACUCCACGAUGUCUCUUUUGGAAAGCUCUGGACGCGUUUAGAAUAAAUCAUGGAUUCUUCGACGUGACACAUGACACUCCGACUUAUCAUAAACGGCACCAAUCUUCUCUUCAACCAUUUUUACUUACACCGUGAUAGCGAAUCGCACUAUCAGCUCGUCACGGCACAACAUAUUCCCGCAAUAGGAAUGUUCCAACGUUCCUAUAAUAUUGUUGAAAUAUUCUGUUGAAAAAAAAA